AUGGGGUUGCAGCUGGUUUCUGAGUUAAAGUUUGAUAGAGUUAUCAUCCAGUCUGAUGCACAAGUGGUCGUAGAUUGUGUGAUCUCGAUUUCCUCUAUUGCGGUUUUGGAUCCUAUUAUGAUGGACUGUAAUGUGUUAAUUAGUAACUUGUCUGAUUGUGUUGUUAUGUUUAUUAGAAGAGCUUUAAACUUUGAUGCACACCAUAUGGUUGGUGUUGGUAGGAACUAUGGCUCCAAAACCUGGUUGGAUAGCCCAAAGCACGAACCGUGUAUUCCCGUUUACUGUUAA